AUGGAUAAACAGCUACUCUGGCUUUGUAUCCUGGCCUGCCUUCUGUUCCAGGCCUCUUCCAUACCCGUCUCGGAGAGCGAAGUUACUCGGGAGCGACGUUCGCCAUGUUCAUCUGGAGGCUGCAGUUUUCUGAAGAAAGUGAAGUUUUCGAGGCGUAAAAGACCAGGAAGACCAGGAAGAAGACGACCUAACCGCUUCAGGGGUUCCAGAGAGUAAGUCACGUUGACAAAACUGACGCGUAAUCCGUUAAAAAAAAAAUAGCGCUACUUCAGAAUCAAAAACCCUUCGGGAGUCUGUCAUCACCUUUAUACCAUUCACCAUAUACUAUGAGGUUCUGGUUGACAUUAUUUCUGUUCGCUCAACCCUUUAACUCCUGGAAGAGAUUAACUUGUAAAUGUUUCGCUUUUAAUCCAUACAUUAUCCAGCAACCUGGUAAUGAAAAUAUUCAAAAUUAUAAGGUAGAAGUUUUUAUCUUGAUCCAAAACAAAUUCUCAUAGCUAAUUUACGAGGAAAUGUGUAGCAGCUGGAGGGGAGAAUUAACAAUCAGAUCUUCAGAGUCAAAGGGUUAAAUCAAGUUGCUGGUGGAAAAUAACAUAUUUUGUUAGGGAACGAUUGUUGUACAAAAAAAAGGAAACAUUUUAUACCAUUCAAAUAGGAUGAAAGUUUGUGCCAAAACUAAUGGCCAAUCGUGAGUCGUUCUUAUCCGAAUUAAUGAAAGUUAGCGAACUGCAGACGUGGUUUGCCACUGGUGAGAAUGUGUAGAUGCAAGCCUUUGAUUGGAACGUUGUGUAAACCUUAACCAAAGCUUUUCUUCACCGAAGGGGAUUAUGAAUAAAAAACGAAGAAUAGCCAACGAAGGAAAUCUGAAUUAAGCAGGUCAUUAAAGAAAUAGCAACAAUCCUAGAAUGUAGCGUGAAAAUUUUGUGAGAGUUAUUUCUUGGAUUGGUAAUUUGUCAAAAUUUUUUUGGCGAUAGUGUUUGUCUCCAAUUUAUUUGGAAACAAAAUCCCUCUGCAAGAAAAGGUUUUCUUAACAGUAGAUAUUUUUAUGAGGCAAAUUGACGUACUGGUUUAACAAAUAGACUUUAUUUUGCCGUUUAGGGAUUCAGUUUUAAGUUACAGAUGGCGACAAAAGAAUAAAAUAGCACACAAAGUGUAGGGGAUUGUCAUUGACGCCCUUAUUACAAUUUUUUUUCUUUUUUUUAUUACAAUUAACAGGGAAGUAACGGAUCAGUCAUCAAAGAUCGCCUGGAGGGGAGGGUGGCUGGGGUUGGAGGAUUUUGGGGGAAUGGCAUGGUUUUUUCAGAGGGGGUCGGAGUGGGGAUUGGUUGUCUCUUAGAGAGUUUCAAGGGGAGAAUUUAGAAAAUUGACUGCCAAUAAGGGGGUGUCGUUAGAAUCUUACAGAGCCUUAAGGGGGAUUAAGUAAAUUGUAUUGUUUCACAAAAAAUCAUCGAUGACGUCAAAAUGUAAUAGGGCAAAAAAAUGGCGCACAAGGUACAGCCGAGUGAGUUACUGAUGCUCUUACCACAUUUUCUGUACAGACCCACUGCACUUAAGAAUCAAUCGGUUUUAUAUGAUAAAAAAAAUAAAUGUUGCUAACAACGACGUCAUCUAUGUAUCUGUCGUACAAUAGAUCAUAUGUUAUAACCAAUCAAAAUACGCACCUUAUUAUGUAAACUGUGAUAGAUCCUAGGCGACGACCAAUCACAGCGCGUGUACUACCUGGCUCAUUGUUUAACAAUAAAGUGACGUGUUUUCGUCUGUCCUUUCAUCAGGUGGGGAUUGCCAGACGAUGACUUGACUGAUAUCAUUGGAUAUAACGACCAGCAGAAAUCCACCGAUAAUUAAUUUAGCUUAACAGUUUCAGAAUAUUCCACUCUCAUCUGAUAGCACUGUAGAAUAGAUCUCUGUGUACUAAUAUCAUAUUAUUCUGUAGCCUAAUUUCGCACUGUAAAGCAUGAGUUGUUCACUUCUUUUUAAAUAUAGAAGUCUUCGUUUUAUUAGAAGCUGAAUAAAAGUUGUAUCCUUAAUCAAGCUGCUUUGCAAUGUUACUUUUAAC